CAUAUCGACGGUGGAGACGUGCAACUGCAUGGUGUGUAGUUCUUUCCGGGAAAGGGUUAACGACAUGGCUGAUUUGGCAGGUGAAAAACUUUCGAAAAAGUCUCCCCGGCUGACUCGAUGAUGCGCACAAUUUUGAGAAUCUUCGUUCCGUCCCGUACUCGUACGAUAAUAGCGAAAGUCCGAUCACCCGACUUGAAUUUCCGUCAUUUUUCGCUAUUCAACCUCUCAAAAAAUGAACUUAAAAGGCGUCACAAGGCUGAACAAAAAAGUAAGGAGAAAGUUGAAAACCAAGAAAAAGUAGAGAAACCAACACAAUCUAUUAAUGUGAAAUCCAAUGACCAAGACAAGGGUUUGCUAAAAGAAGAGGAAAUUAGUUCUAAUGAAUACUUUAAAUUACGAACUCAGGCGAUUGCCCGACUCAAAGAAGAAGAGGAACACCCGUAUCCUCAUAAAUUUCAUGUAUCCAUGUCAUUGGAAAAUUUCAUUGAACAAUUCAGUUCUAUUGUAAAGGAGGGACAAACACUUGAGAAUGAAACGCAUAGCAUCGCAGGUCGAAUUCAUGCUAUACGAGAAUCUGGUGCUAAACUUAUUUUUUAUGAUCUUAGAGGAGAAGGUGUAAAAGUUCAAGCAAUGGUCAAUGCUAAGAAUUAUGAAAAUCAAGAAAAAUUUUUUGCCGACACAGCCAAAAUCAGAAGAGGUGAUAUCGUAGGGGUUGUUGGCAAUCCGGGAAAAACUAAGAAAGGAGAAUUUUCUAUAAUACCUCAUCGUAUCACAUUAUUAAGUCCUUGCUUACAUAUGUUACCGCAUCUUCACUUUGGAUUGAAGGAUAAGGAAACAAGGUUCCGCCAACGCUAUCUAGACCUUAUUCUAAAUGACAAAACAAGAAGAACCUUUCAUGCAAGGGCAAAGAUAAUUGCUUACAUCCGUAAGUUUUUAGAUGAUUUGGGUUUCUUGGAAGUAGAAACUCCUAUGAUGAACAUGAUCCCUGGAGGUGCAACAGCUAAACCAUUCAUUACCCAUCAUAAUGAACUGAAUAUGGACCUUUACAUGCGCAUUGCUCCAGAAUUAUAUCAUAAAAUGUUGGUGGUAGGUGGAUUGGAUAGAGUCUAUGAAAUUGGUAGACAAUUCAGAAACGAGGGCAUCGAUAUGACACACAAUCCAGAAUUUACAACGUGUGAGUUCUAUAUGGCAUAUGCUGAUUAUAAUGACCUUAUGUGUAUUACAGAGAACAUGAUCUCUGGUAUGGUGAAGUCUCUGCAUGGUACUUACAAAAUUCAGUACCAUCCUAACGGACCAGAGAACGAAUCGGUAGCUAUCGAUUUUACUCCACCUUUUAAACGAGUAUCAAUGAUGAAAACCUUAGAAGAUGUCCUUGAAGUUAAGUUCCCUGAACCGGAUAAAUUAAAUACACCAGAAGCCAAUCAAUUUCUUAGUGAACUAUGCAUUAAAAAAGAAGUAGACUGUCCACCUCCUCGAACUACAGCUAGACUAUUAGACAAACUUGUCGGAGAAUUCAUAGAAGAUUCGUGUAUAAACCCUACUUUUAUUUUGGAUCAUCCACAAAUUAUGUCACCACUGGCAAAAUGGCAUCGUUCUGAAAAAGGUCUCACAGAACGAUUUGAACUCUUUGUUAUGAAGAAGGAAAUUUGCAAUGCUUAUACUGAAUUGAAUGAUCCCCUUGUCCAAAGAGAAAGAUUUGAACAACAAGCCAAAGAUAAAGCUGCAGGAGAUGAUGAAGCACAAGUUGUAGAUGAAACUUUCUGCACUGCUUUGGAGUAUGGGCUACCUCCAACUGCGGGAUGGGGUCUAGGAGUUGAUCGACUUACCAUGUUCCUUACCGAUACAAAUAACAUUAAGGAGGUAUUACUUUUCCCAGCCAUGAAACCCGAUGACCCAUUAAAGAAUAAAGAAUCCACUGAUGAAGUAGAAGUCAAUAGUAACUAAAUAAAAUACUUUUUUUAUGUUACAGUAUUAUAAGAUCUUUGAUACCCAUAAUUGGAUAAAUUUACAGAAUAUAGAGAUCGUACAAUGUAAUCUGAACCAAUGUAAAUGGAAACAAAUGAAAUUAACAAAUUC